AUGGCAGCCAAUUUACCGUUUCCACAUGAAAUCAAAAAGGUGACCGAUGAAGAAGAUAAGAUAGCGAAAAAGUAUUACAAAGACUACAUACGUCCAUUUGUCCGUGUGGGUCCACAUGGGUACUUCUCAAUGGCGGCGUAUGGCGACCAUGCUGCGGAUAUAUAUAACUUAGAAGUCAGACCUGACGAUAUAUGGGUGAUUUCUUUUUCCCGAUCAGGUACAACAUGGCUUCAAGAGCUUGUGUGGAUGCUUGCUAACAACCUCGACUAUGAACACGCUUCCUCCAAUUCACUUACCAAACGUUAUGCUUUUAUUGAAUAUCCGACGUUGGAAUCUGAAGUUAAGAAAAAUGAACCGCCCGCCGGCAAACCAGGGCAGAGAGCCACUGUCGACGACUUUAGAAACUUUCACACGCUGCCUUCGCCCCGUUUUGUCAAAACUCACUUGCCUUUAUCUCUGUUACCACCUAAGUUACUCGAUACUGCCAAGGUUCUUUACAUAGCUAGAGAUCCCCGCGACGUUGCCGUUUCAUUCCACUUCAUGCACAAAUUGUUCGGAUACUUCGACGAACGGGUGGAGUUUAAGGAAUUCUGGGAACUAUUUAAGAAAGAUUUAUUAAUGCACAUGCCCAUAUUCCCACACAUCAAAGAGUCCUGGGCAGUCCGCGACCAUCCCAACAUGAUGUUUUUGUUCUAUGAAGAAAUGCAAAAGAGCCUCCGUAGCGUAAUAGACAAAGUAUCGGCAUUCCUCGGCAAGACGUACACAGACGAGCAAAAAAACAAGCUAGCGGAACAUCUUACUUUUGAAAAUAUGAAGAAAUCUUCAAAUUUUAAAUUUGGUAAAUCAGAUGAUAAAGAUUCAGAAAUGAAAUUUUUAAGAAAAGGUAAGUCUGGAAACUGGGUGAACUACUUUGACACUGAAGAAAUGCGACAGGAAGCUGAAGAAUAUUUUGAGAAACAUCUUAAAAACAGUGACCUUAAGUUCCCA